AUGACUAGUUAUGUAGGAGAUAACUAUGAACUUCCUUUAUUUAUGCAUAUCUUGGACUUUAUUGUACCUAUUCGAGAAUUAUUCAAUGUGACGAAGAUUGCAAUGCUAAGUGUGAGAUCUCAUGUAAUACUACUUACAGCCAAACACUGGUUCCUCUUAUCUUGUGUAUUGUUUAUUGUUUGUUUUGGAAUAAUUUUUGGACUUUUUUAUAUACAAAGUAACCAUGAAUAUAGUAUUCUCAGACAUAUUAAACUAAAGCAUCACUGGAUAUUAUAUGAAACUUCUAGUCAUCCAAGGUAUUGUACAUACUGCUGUGGAAUGAUUAGAAGGCAGUUUCUAUGGAUGGAAAGAUAUAGAGGAUGGGAAUGUUGUAUUUGCAAAAGAAUAUCUCAUACUCACUGUUUAAUGGCUUCAGAUUCUAGUUUUUGUAAGGAGACAAGUACAUUAGAUAAAAAAUACUUAACUAUAGAUAAUUUAACAUCUAACAAUGAUGAUGACUUAACAGCUGAAGAAGAAGAUAAUUUAAGUGGUAAUAAUUCAAAUCUUAUAGAAGAUGAUAAAGAAUCUUUAGAUCUAUUGCAUACUUUAAUUCCAGGGAAUUUACAAUCAGGGGCAUUAUGCUCGGUAUGUAGAACUGUUUGUUUUUCUCCUUUUGGAUUAUUUGGUAAAAGAUGUAUUUGGUGUAAUAGAACAUUUCACGAUGACUGUAUAAUAUUAUGUGGUAUUGAUGAAAAUGUAUGCGAUCUUGGGAGACUAAAAUCAAUAAUACUAGCUCCUAAUUCAUUUCAUAUUGAAAUGAGAAGAUUUCCAAAGAUCCACAGCCAGUCAAGUAGUCCAAGGUCAAAGUUAGAUAUUAGAAAUAGAAAUACUUCAAAAACUUGUGUACCUAGUCCAAGAGAUGAAGUCAAGGGUUUAAAAGUUAAAAUUAAGGAUUAUACUUCGGAUAAGAAUUUAUCUAAACACACUCAGCGUAGAAGGAUAUCAGAUUUAAUUCAAAUAUUUCCUCAAUUCAAUAUAUAUGAAAGAAAAAUGGUUCUUAAUGAUAGAUUUUUUCAUAGACCGAUAGGCAAACCAUUGUUAGUCUUUGUAAAUACCAAAUCUGGAGGUCAUGUUGGAAUACAGCUUAUUCGGGAUUUAUACUUAUAUUUAAAUCCUUUGCAGAUAGUAGAUUUACUACAAUCUAAAGGACCUGAUGAGGCACUAAAUAUGUUUAAGCCUUUAGCUCAACUUAAUAGACUUUUAAUUUUGGUUUGUGGUGGAGAUGGGACAGUUCGAUGGAUAUUAGACCGUUGUCGUGUAAUUUAUGGUAGUGAGGUGGAUAUGUUACCUCCUGUUGCAAUUCUUCCAUUGGGAACUGGAAACGACUUGAGCCGUAUUUUAGGUUGGGGAGUAAGUUUUGAUGGAAAUAUUUUACAAGUACUGAAGAAAAUUUGUAUAGCAACUGUUAAAAAUUUGGAUGUAUGGACUUGUUCAGCAUGGGAUAUUGUAAAAAGUGAUAAUGAAGUUGAUCCUUUUAAAUGUACAGAAUAUAAAACAGACCCAAAUAAAAUUGAAAAAAAUAUGCUAGAUAUGACAAAUUCAAGGCUUUUGUACUCUUCUACUUUUUUUAAUUAUUUGGAUAUAGGAAUUGCAGCUAGAAUUGCUUUGAAAUUCCACAAUUUAAGGGAGAAAUAUCCUCAACAUUUUAGGAGUAGACUUGGAAAUCAACUAGUUUACGGUGAGGUUGGAUUGAGAGACUUUUUGGCAGAUAAAAAUAUUCAAUUAAAUGGAAUUAAAAUAUGGUGUGAUGGAAAUCCUGUAUGUAUUGCUGAUGAGAUAAACUCUACUUAUACAAACUCUAACGAUCUUUCUCAAUUCAAUUCUUCCAAAUCCCUUUCUCCUAUAUGUCUUAAUACUCAAAAUUUAUCAAAAUUAAAAUAUUUUGGUUUUUCCCCAGAAAAAUGGACAAUAAUGAAAAUUAUUUUUUUAUUUUUGGAACCAUCUUGUACAUUCAAGUUGAUAAAGAAUACUUUUUCCAAGUUUUUAGGUUACAAAGUUCCUUUAAUUAUUAAUGAAAAUAAUAUGUCAAAUAAUAAUGAACAAUUAGUAUAUGGCAGUUCUCCAAAAGACUUUAAAUUAGAGGGCCUUAUUAUAUGCAAUAUUCCCAGCUUUGCAGGGGGUAUAAAAUUAUGGAAACUGCCAAAAGAAUAUGGAAUACUUAAAGAUUAUCAAGAAGCAAAAAUUAGGAAACCUCUUAGGAGAACUGUUACAUCUAUUGGAAAUAAGCUUAAUAAUACCAUUUAUGAUCGUUCAUUAUCUUUAUCUAUUGAAAAAUUAAGUAACUUUGUAGAUCUAGAUGACUUAGAUGAUGAUCCAAUGCAAGAUAACAACUUUUCUUCAAGCAGUGAUCCUGAACCUUUUCCAAAUGAACGGUAUGCAACAGUGGAUACUUUUAAAAGAUGGUUUGGUUCUAUAUUUAAAGGUAAUAGUAAUAUAAAUACAUCUAGAAUAUCUAAAUCACUUGAAUACAAUAGUUAUCCAUUUCCUUUAUCAGUUAGCAGUAGCUCUCAAGACAAUAGUACUGAUCAGAAAAGUAGCUUUAAACAUCAGAAAAUUGAUGAUGGGCUUAUUGAGGUUUGUGGAGUUAGAUCAAUACUACACUUAACUCAACUGCAAGUUGGUCUUGCAGAGCCUAUAAAACUAUGUCAAGGAAAACAGAUAGUUGUUGAGAUUCCUAGACCCGUUCCUUUCCAAGUUGAUGGAGAACCAAGAAUUAUUGAGAAGUGUCGUUUGGUAGUUGAAUAUUCAGGACUCACACCUGUUUUAUGCCCUGAACAUUCCGAAAAAGCAAUAACUCUUCCUAUAAGAAACGCCUUAGAUUUGGCAGUUGAUAAGCAAGUGAUUACAGAUGAACAAAAACGUUGGAUAACACGGCAGAUUGUACGUGAAAGUAAAAUUCUUAUUUCCUAA